GGUUUCUCGUCUAAAAUUGUGUGUUAUCAACGUUCUCGUUGUUUCGCGUACAUGACGAGAUAUUUGAGAUCAUUGCAGUGAAUGGUGAGCAAUUCUAAUGCAGUAAGAUCUGUUUCCUACCAUUAUUCAAAUUUUUAGAAAUACUCUGAGUGUGGCUACGGCCGUGUCAUGCACUUCUAUGUCAAGUCUUACUAAGACCCAAGUCCAUGAAGCCCAACAAGGGGAGGACCGUGUGAAUUUCCGGAGAAAGAGAAACUCUUCGAACAGUGAAAAUAUUAGCAAGAAAUUGAAACAAGAAGACAACAAUAUGACUGAUACUACUCAAAAUAAUCAAAAGAGAGCAAACUUUUCUGCUCUUAGUAAUCCUAAUGGUGUAAGCAAAACAUCUCCUUUAGUAAAUACGAAACCCGGUGCAGCAAAGAAAUUGGUGAUAAAAAACUUUAAAGAGAAACCCAAACUGCCUGACAAUUACCAAGAACAAACCUGGGACAAGCUGAAGGAAGCAGUAGUAGCAAUCCAGACAUCGAAGUCUAUCCGUUAUAGCCUUGAAGAGCUUUAUCAAGCAGUCGAGAACAUGUGUAACCAUAAAAUGGCUUCAACGUUGUAUAUAAAUCUUACUGGUUUAACAGAAAAGCAUGUGAAGGCAAAUAUUGAGCAGUUCAUGGCUGAGUCAAUGGAUCGCCAAAUUUUCCUUAAACGAAUGAAUGAAUGUUGGCAGUCACAUUGUCAGCAGAUGAUCAUGAUCCGGGGUAUCUUUCUGUACCUAGAUCGCACAUAUGUGCUCCAAAACCCAACCAUUCAUUCUAUUUGGGAUAUGGGAUUGGAUUUGUUCCGGCACCAUAUUGUAAUGAACACUCUGGUACAGACAAGGACUGUGGAGGGCCUUCUCAUGCUGAUUGAGAAGGAGAGACAAGGUGAUGCUGUCGAUAGGACUCUAUUGAAGUCUCUCCUGCGAAUGUUGUCAGACUUGCAGAUCUAUCAGGAGGCAUUUGAAAGCAAGUUUCUUGUAGCAACUGAGCGGUUAUAUGCAGCUGAAGGACAGCGUCUCAUGCAAGAGCAUGAUGUGCCUGAAUAUUUGGCCCAUGUCGACAAACGCCUCAAUGAGGAAAAUGAAAGACUUUUGCACUACCUUGACCCUGCUACAAAAUGGCCACUCAUCCACACUGUGGAAAAGCAGCUGCUGUCAGAACAUUUGACGUCCAUCCUCCAGAAGGGUCUGGACAGCUUGCUGGAGGAGAACAGGGUGCACAACCUUACACUGCUCUACAGUCUGUUCAUGCGGGUCAAGAAUGGUCUUGUGGAGCUAUGCCUCAAUUUUAACACAUAUAUCAAAAAAAAGGGUCGUACAAUUGUUAUUGACCCAGAGAAGGACAAAACAAUGGUUCAAGAGCUGCUGGAUUUUAAGGACAAGAUGGACAACAUAGUGAGUCACUGUUUCCAAAGGAAUGACAAAUUUGCAAAUAGUCUUAAAGAAGCUUUUGAGCAUUUUGUGAAUCAGCGUGCCAACAAACCUGCAGAGCUCAUUGCAAAAUUUGUAGACUCAAAACUAAGGGCAGGAAACAAAGAGUCAACAGAGGAGGAGCUGGAACGACUUCUAGACAAAAUCAUGGUUCUGUUUCGUUUCAUCCAUGGCAAGGAUGUAUUUGAGGCAUUCUACAAGAAGGAUCUUGCAAAACGACUACUUGUUGGAAAAUCGGCAAGCGUGGAUGCAGAGAAGAGCAUGCUGUCAAAGCUGAAGCAAGAGUGUGGUGGGGGCUUCACUUCCAAACUGGAGGGGAUGUUCAAGGACAUGGAACUGAGCAAGGACAUUAACAUUGCAUUCAAGCAGCACAUGGGCAACUUGCGCUAUCCACAGUUAUCAAAUAUUGACUUGACAGUCAACAUCCUGACAAUGGGGUACUGGCCUACCUACCCUGUAUUAGAGGUAACCCUUCCUAUGGAAAUGGUUCAGUAUCAGACUAUCUUCAAUAAAUUCUACCUAGGCAAACACAGUGGACGCAAACUUCAGUGGCAGCCAACACUGGGACACUGUGUGCUGAAAGCUACCUUUGUGCAGGGCAAGAAGGAGCUCAUGGUGUCCUUGUUUCAAGCCUUGGUUCUGCUACUUUUCAACAGUUCUGAUGAACUGUCAUUAGAAGAGCUAAGGACUUUCACAAAUAUAGAGGAUGGUGAACUACGUAGAACUUUACAGUCUCUAGCCUGCGGUAAAGCACGGGUAUUGCAGAAGACCCCAAGAGGUCGUGAUGUUGAGGACAUGGACAAAUUUCAGUUCAACAAGGACUUCGCUAAUAAAUUGUUCCGCAUCAAAAUUAAUCAGAUACAGAUGAAGGAAACGACAGAGGAGCAGAAGGCAACAGAGGAACGAGUGUUCCAGGACAGGCAGUACCAGAUAGAUGCAGCUAUUGUACGCAUCAUGAAGAUGAGGAAAACUCUGAGUCAUAACCUACUUAUAAGUGAACUCUACAACCAGCUGAAGUUCCCUGUCAAGCCUGCUGACUUGAAGAAACGCAUUGAGUCACUGAUCGAUCGGGACUACAUGGAAAGGGAUAAAGACAACCCUAACCAGUAUAAUUAUGUUGCGUAAGGCAACAGUGCAGUGUUAUGUGACUGAAAAGUGUAAAAAGAAAAUAAAACUACUCUUAAAAUAUGUCAGUGAGUGAAGAUGAAUGAGAAUUCUUUUCUAUUUGUACCUACACUGUGAGACUGUGCAAGAGAAAGCAGACAUUAUAAAGAGAGAAAAGAGCUCAUCACUUGUCAUGUAAAUAUGAGAGUGUUAUGUUUCACAAGUCAUUUCAGCAAAUGGUCUGUAUUUUGGGCAGGAUGGUAGUGCCUUUCUUCUGCUACUUUUUUUGAUUGUUCCCAGAAGUUUUCACAGUUCUAGCAUACCACAAUAACAGAUAUUGUCAGUCUAAAAUUAGUAUUUUUUGUGAGCACACAUUCAGACCCAUCCGAGCUACAGCUUUGUGACCCAGUUGACUAAGGGCUCUUCCCUUGGGGAACUAAAACAUAUGUUAACCACUUUCUUCCAUGAAGUCAAUGUCUAGACUGUGGAAUCUUACAUUCAUGCCUCCUAUACUCGCACCAUACAACAUACCUUUCAUUUUUAACUUGUAUAUUUGAGAAACUAUAGGAGUACAUACUAUUGGUAACUGGAUGUUAUGAGCCAGCCAUCUACCUACUGUGACAAACUGUAGGAAGACAUGCUAAACCUUACAGCACAAGGAAGUAUCAAACUGCAGGCACUGAGCAGAGAAAGUUACAACCAUAAAUCUUUGUUGCACAGACUAAUGCAGUGUUACAGCAUCAGUUUCUCCAGAGCAAAAUAAAUACUCGUGAAACAAAGUUUUUGUGCUUAUAUAUGUAUUAUGUAUUUUUAGUUUUGGGCCACUUCAAAAUUUUGCAAGAUAUAGAUACUAUUCAGUGCACUUUUCUGUAUUAAUUCUGAUUGAAAAUGUAGGGAACAUGAAAUCGAUUAAAUUGUAACAAUAUUUUAUGUAUUAUUUACACAAGACAGUCGCAUCAUUUUGUACAUAUGCAUCUGAGGAUAUGUUUGUCUAUUACCUUCAUGCAUUAGAGCUUUGACUGUUUGCCUUUGUAUAGUGAGGCUUCUGGACAAUAUUUCAGGAGAAAAUUUUGUGUCCCAAAAUGUAAUUAGGGUGUCUUGAAUUUGAUUAUUUAAAGAUAAAACUGCUGUUUGUAUCUUUAUAUUAUGCAUUUUAGAGGAUGUCCAGUGUGAAUGAGUCUUGAAGGAUGAGGCCUAAAAGUCGUUUUUCUAAUGCAUAACCUAUACACUGACUAUGAAGUUGCUAAAAUUUGCACUUACUUGUUUUAUGAUUGCAGUAAGCAGUGGUUGUUGAGGUGAGUGUUGAAAGUUACACCGAAAUGGCUUGUGUUACAAGACUGCGUGGAAAUUGUAUAGAAAAGGACAAAAGGAAUAUUUCUAACAUUGAAGUGUGCAAAAUUUGUUUGUUAUGCUGCAAUAUUUAUCUCAAACCUUACUCCCAGUUGUCAUUAAAAGACCAAAACUGAUUUUCAUUUCA